AUGAAAUUGAAAUUGCUGGUAUAUUACAUGUACAAUACCGGGGAUCUGCAGUCGUACAUUGUAUCAUACUAUAUCAAAAUGGCCACAGUGGUCCAAAAUCCCUUAAAAUCGCAAUCAAGUGGAGCAGUCAUAAAAAACAGUCUGGGUGAGGAAUUCUAUCGAGAGGCUAUUGAACACUGUCGGAGUUAUAAUGCACGUCUAUGCGCUGAACGCUCCAUGAGGCUGCCUUUCCUCGACUCCCAGACAGGAGUAGCACAGAGUAACUGUUACAUAUGGAUGGAGAAGACGCACCGUGGGCCAGGUUUGGCCCCAGGGCAGCUCUACACAUACCCCGCUCGCUGCUGGCGUAAAAAGAGGCGGCUAAACAUUCUGGAGGAUCCUCGACUGGGACCCAUUGAGUUCAAAAUCGAUUACGAGGCGGCGCUGAAGAAGGAGGGAGGUGUUCCAGAGGGCCCAGUGCUGGAGUCUUUACUCAGUGGAGAGACCCUGGACAAGAAGGUGGAGACCAAGGAAGAGGAGCCUAUGAGCGAGUGUCAAAAGCUGCUGGUCGGAGACUUUCCUCACGAACUGGACGUAGAGGAGAUGGAGGAUGAUAUACCCAAACGCAAGAACCGCACCAAAGGACGGGCUUGUGGCGUGGGGGGUAUGAGAAAGAGACAGGAGCCAACGUCGCUGGAGGAUCGAGACAAACCAUAUGUGUGUGAUAUCUGUGGGAAACGCUACAAGAACCGCCCGGGCUUGAGUUACCAUUACACUCACACGCACCUGGCAGACGAAGAAGGAGAGGAGGAUUCUGAACGUCACACCCUGCCCUUCCAACGCAAGAACAACCACAAGCCCAAAAAAGCAGCAGAUGGGUCAGUUAUCCCUAAUGGCUAUUGUGACUUCUGCCUGGGAGGCUCCAAGAAGACAGGCUGUCCAGAAGAUCUCAUCUCCUGUGCCGACUGUGGGCGAUCAGGUCACCCAUCCUGCCUGCAGUUCACAGUCAACAUGACAGCAGCAGUGAGGACCUAUCGUUGGCAGUGUAUUGAGUGCAAGUCCUGUAGCCUCUGUGGCACCUCUGAGAAUGAUGAUCAGCUUUUAUUCUGUGAUGAUUGUGACAGAGGGUAUCAUAUGUAUUGUCUGAGUCCUCCUAUGGCAGAGCCUCCAGAAGGAAGUUGGAGUUGCCAUUUGUGUCUGCGGCAGCUGAAGGAGAAAGCGUCUGCCUACAUCACUUUGACCUAA